AUGGCGGCGGACGGUGACGAAGUGAUAAGUGAUCAAGAAAAAGUUAGAAUUGUUUCAGAUUUUAUUUUACAUUCUCCUCCGGGCGAAUUUAACGAAGUGUUUAAUGAUGUAAGAGUUCUAUUGAACAACGAUACAUUACUCAAGGAGGGUGCUAGCGGAGCUUUCUCACAAUACAACAAGGACCAGCUCACACCCGUGCGCCUCGAAGGAUCCGAGCUUCAUACGCUUAUUACAGAUCACAAUGAGCUCGGCGGAGGAAGAUUCUUCGAUCCUCGAUCAAAGCGGUCCUUUAAGUACGAUCACCUACGCAAGGAAGCUUUAGAAUACGAACCUUAUGAACCCGACAGAGUGGCGGAGCCCUGGCGGGCUGCGUUAGACGUCGAGUUAACUAACUAUGUUGCGGAGCAUUACAAACACGGCGCUAGUUUAGUUGUCGGACGGGCCCUUGAGUCUGGAUCCGUAUCGCUCGUUGCGUGCAUCGAAGAUCAUCAAUUCCAGCCGAAAAACUACUGGAAUGGGCGAUGGCGGUCCGUCUGGUCACUGACUGUGGGUAGCGGUGCUGCGGAGCUCCGUGGUAUGCUUCGAGUACAAGUGCAUUACUAUGAGGAUGGUAACGUACAAUUGGUUAGUUCUAAAGAAGUACGUGCGCCAUUGAUAGCUACAGGUGAGGUUGCUACAGCAAAAGAAUUUGUGAGACUUGUGUGUGACGCAGAGAAUGCGUACCAGACCGCGAUAUCUGAUAACUACAAGACAAUGAGCGACACCACAUUCAAAGCACUGCGGCGACAGCUACCCGUGACCCGCAGUAAGAUAGACUGGGCUCGUUUGGUCUCGUACACGAUCGGAAAGGAGCUCAAGAGCCAAUGA